GGGAGCCCUUGCGGUGGGGCGGUCCCGGCGAUGCUGGCGGCGCGGGGCGCUCUGCGGAGGGGGCGCUUGCCCGUGGCGGGGGCUGGGAUCUGGGCGGUGCAGCCGCGGGGUCCCCCCCGCCUCCCGCCGCACGUUGUGGACCUGCGGAGCGACACCGUGACCCAGCCCUGCGCGGCGAUGCGCAGCGCCAUGGCCCGCGCCGCCGUGGGCGACGACGACUACGGGGAGGACCCGACGGUUAACGAGCUGCAGCGCCUGGCCGCGGGGACCCUGGGGAUGGAGGAGGCUUUGUUUCUGCCCACGGCCACAAUGGCGAACCUCAUUGCCGUGAUGUGCCACUGCCAGCGCCGGGGAGCUCAGGUGAUUCUGGGCCGGGACUCCCAUCUGCACGUCUACGAGCACGGCGGGGUCGCGCAGGUCGCUGGUGUCCACUCCCAGGCGCUGCCGGAUUUGCCCGAUGGCACCUUCGACCUGGAGCUGCUGGAGCUGACGAUCCGUGAGGCCCACAGCAGCCGGUACCACCCGCGCCCCGAGCUUGUGUGCCUGGAGAACACGCACAGCUCGGCUGGGGGCCGAGUGCUGCCCCUUGCCUACCUCCAGCAGGUCCGUGGGCUUGCUGACCGCUACGGGCUGCAGGUGCACAUGGACGGAGCGCGGCUGAUGAAUGCGGCAGUGGCACUGAACGUGGAGCCAGCUCAGAUCACCAAGCACUGCGACUCCGUGACUCUCUGCUUCUCCAAGGGCCUGGGUGCCCCGGCCGGUGCGGUGCUGGCUGGGCGCAAGGACUUUGUGGCUGAGGCCUGGCGCAUGCGGAAGCUGCUGGGCGGCGGGAUGCGGCAGGCGGGAGUGCUGGCGGCUGCGGCUCUUGUUGGCCUUGAGCACAUGGGGGUGAGGCUGCGCAGGGACCAUGACAAUGCCUGGCGGUUUGCUGAAGGCAUUCAGGAGCUGAACUCGCCCCUCUGCUCUGUCAACCUCACGGCGGUGGAGACCAACAUUGUGAUGGUGAACAUCAGCGGGGGCUGCCCAUCUCCUGCGGAGCUCUGCGAGCACCUGCGGGCUGUGAGCGAGAAGGAGCUGGCCAAGACUGGCCACGCUGUCAGCGUCCUGCUCUUCCCCUGGUCGGCACGCACUGUGCGCGCUGUCUGGCACCGCGGCGUCUCGGCCCACGACACCGAGCUCGCAAGGAAGAAGCUGGAGUUUGUGGCCAGGAGGUGCCAGGAGGAGCUGACCCUGGGGCUGCACCCAACCCCUCCGAGCGUGAGGGGAGCCUGAGCAUCCCCCCAGCCCUGUCCUGGCAGCUGAGGUGCUGGGACCAGCCACAGCAUCUGCAGCACAGCAUUCACCCGCGUGCAGCCCCCCGAGCCAGCGUGAGCCCAGCCCAGGGGACACCCCAGCCUGCCUGGC